AAACAGAAAAACACUCAUUAAUAGCUUGAUAUCACUGCCACCACGUACAAUUAUAGCUAAAGUUUAGUUGUAGGAGUUAUUCUGUGAAAUAUAUUGCUGUGAGUGUAUAUAUGAACUAUUGUAUUUAGUUCCAUUAGAAAAUGAUGUUUUCACCAGCAUUACGGUAUUAGAAAGUAUCCGCUGUGUGGCAUUUUCCUUCUGCGCAAGUGUGCAAUCCUAGCCGGAUAGUUUUGCACGGUUAGAAAAUUGUUCAGCUAUCUGGAAAUCACACACAAGAUGGUGAUUUCCGUCAUUCUUUUCGUUGUCGUCAUAGCGGCAGUUACCACAUUCGGUAACGCGGAUAUAACCUCCCUUGAGAAGAAGGUCGACCUGAUAUCGUCCAUGCAGUCUUUCGUCCUGCAAGACAUGAUGUUAAUUAAAGGCAAGCUUGCCAACACCGACGUAAAACUCGAACAACUCUUUAAUCAAAUCGACAAACUUCAAUCGUCUGAACAUGAAAGAGUAUCCACAGAAAAAGGCAUAGAACAAACAAGCGCCAAGGUGGUUCAACAAGUUUCCGAACGCAUUGACCACCAAAAGCUUGGUCAAAGUGAUGCCUGGGUGUCUGAAGAAUCAGCUGCUACACUUGAAGAUCUCGAAAACAAAGUAACUGCGAUGGCUAAUGAGUCGUCUGCGAAACAAGAAGUUCUGGAACAGAAAGUAAAUGAAAUUCACAAUGCCGUUAAACUAAUGGGUACGGGAAUGGCAACCGUUGCAAACACAUUAAAUAGAGUAAAACGUGGUUUUGCAAAAGAAAAACUCUCAAUGUUAAACGAAGUAGUGGCGCUCAAAGAAGCUACUGCCAAUGUAAAGAAAGCUAUCGAAGAUGUUUUUGUAGAUUUCAAUAAAACCAUGGAUACCAUAGAGCAUAGACAAACUGAGAUUAUAACAAAACUAAAAACCGAUAUUGAAACAAUGGUGACUUAUGCCUCUGAUAACAUAGCGGAGACUGUUGAAAAUGAAUCACUGAAGGCAACACGUUUAUUACAAGACACGUUAAACUACAUUGGCAAAAACGUGCAACAGCUGUCAAGUGAGAUUUCAUCUGCCGAAGUCAACAUUUCGUCGAAGUUAUAUGAUAAAGAGCGUGAAGUCAUUAACAAACUUGACAAUAUUUCAUCGGAAUGUGUUAACUUGUCAAGUAAUCUAGACUUUCAUGACAAGAAGAUGAUGUUCAUACAAAGUUUUGAUGGAAACGGUUUUAUGGAUUAUUUACAAAUAAGUGGUUCACCAUCUGUAUGGCAUUUUCACGUGCCCGGGGCCAUGGCAAGGCUUGUCAACGCCACAAGAUACGACACAAACGGUGUCCAAGGUCGACUGGAGGUUUACGUGAAUAAAGAGUGGGGAUCAGUAUGUGAUAGGGCCGUUCAUGAUGACGAUUAUGAUGGUACAGAGCAAGAUACAGUUGCCUGUAGAACCCUGGGCGCGAGUUUUACCAAAGGGUUGGCCCUGCCUAACACUCCGUUUGGUCUGAAUACGAAACGUAUUGUGAUGAGUAAAGAAUGUGAUGGCCACGAACAGUCAUUGUUUGAUUGUAGAAACUACAGCAUCGUUUGGCGUCGAAUUACUUGCCGCAAACGUGAAGUACACUUGCGUUGUUUCGCAUAAAGAUUUGGCAAUGAGACUGGACAUUUGUUACAGAAAUGUGGACAGUGAUUGGGAUCAUGAGUACAUGUUUGAGCGUAGAGGUCAGAGACCGAAUAGUUAAGGAAGUGACUAUCUGUGAUGUUUUAAUGAAUGUUUAGAUCAACCGUUUCGGCUAUGAAAAUUGAUUAGAAACUACUAAUUGCACAAAUAAAUAUAUACGGAUGCAUGAACCUAAUAGUUAUGAGAAUAAAACAAGUUUACACGUAUGUAAUAGUUUAACGUAUUUAAUUCAACAUAUACAUUUGAUCGCUUUGUCAUACAGUAAUACACGUAUUUUAGAAAGAAACGUAUGAAUAAUAUAUGAAUCACUUGGAAUUUCUUCUUACUAGCCUAAUAAAUUCAAUACACAUUUUUAUACCUGUGUUAUAAUUAUA